AUGGCUCAACCAUACCUGUACGAUCUACGCAUCCCGGGUAAUAAAGACUAUGAUGGGCGAACGGAUCCAGAGGUGCACGUUGACUCUUAUUACAGAAACAUGCUGAUGAUGGGAGUUUCCGAUGUUGUAAUGUGCCGAGCCUUAUAUUCCACACUGACAGGGCGAGCAGCCGAUUGGUUCCGAACGUUAGAGCCAGGGCCGAUCACUUGCUUCGCUAGUUUGGCUACUAAAUUUGUGCGGAAAUUCGUCACCUCAAAGAUAGUCUGUAAGCACUAUAUGUAUUUGGAAAAGGCAAAGCAGUUAGAAUGGGAGAGCUUGAUAGAAUUCCUGGGUAGAUGGAAAAUCGCCAUUGGAGAAGUCGAACCCAUGGACGAUCUAACAGCUAUUCACAUGUUGCACACAUCUUUGCGUGCUGGGGAUCUUUACCAGGAUUUUAUUCUACAUCCGCCCGGAUCAUACAAAGAAGCCUUCCAGCGGGUUACGGAUUAUGCCAAUGCUGCAAAAAGGUCCCAGGAGGUUGGCUUGUCACACAGGUCUGCAGGACGGUCGGAGAACCGAUCGACCGAGCAGCAGGCUAGGGGUCGGGGACGUCAGGGCGAUUUCACACCCCUAAAUCGCUCAGCUGCAGAGGCUCUGCACUAUGCUCAAUCGUGUAACCUCGUGAAAUUGCCCGACUCCAUGUGCGAUGGCAAGGACAAAACCAAGCAUUGUGCUUUUCAUCGUUGUCAAGGUCAUGACACGGAGGACUGCACCAAUUUAAAACAGUUGUUGGAAGACUUGCUAUAG